GGAGUUGAUGCCGAACUAUUUUCGACACCAUGGAUGGCAUAUCUGCAUCGAAAUGGGAAGUUUAUUUGCGGCGGAUCCCUCAUCACCUAUCGCUUCGUUCUCACUGCUGCACAUUGUAGAAAGUUUGACGAGCAAAUAGUGGUGCGACUGGGCGAAUACGAUGCCAGAACGCAGAUAGAUUGCAGAGAUCGAGGAUGCGCACUUCCCUUUGAAGACCAUGAAGUCGAGUCCUUUCAUUCGCAUCCCUCCUACACGACGAUCAAGCACUUCGAUAUAGCUCUCCUUAAACUCAAGACGAAGGUGGUAGAGCAAGACAACAUCACACCGAUCUGUCUGCUGUUGGACACCACGGACACAUGGCAGCGUUAUGUAGAUUCCAUUGCAAGAUUUUCUGUGGCAGGCUGGGGCAUGACCGAAGCGGGGUCGCUUAGCGACGUUCUCAAGACGGCAAAAGUCACGCAGGUUGACCGGUUAACCUGCCUGGCAGACUUUGGUUUUGAAAUCGAUCAGAGUCACAUCUGUGCCGGGGAUCCCGCUCGCCAUACGUGCUACGGAGACUCCGGCGGCCCAUUGUUUGCAACAGUAACCCAUGAUUCUGUGCCCUACAACGUUCAGUUCGGGAUUGUCAGCUACGGAGAGAACCCUUGCCAAGGCGUGGGUGUAUUCACAAAUGUUAAAAGCUAUAUUCCAUGGAUCGAACAUACCAUAAACAUGGCAAACACUGUAGCAUAAGAGACAUAUUGAUGUUACAUUUUGGUAGUGAAAUAUAUCAACUACAGAUGCAUGCUUGUCAUAUGUAUGUCGACAUUAUGAGCCAGGGACUAAGAGAGAAGCUGCAUGUGUAUCUGGGUUUGUCCUCUGCCAGGAAGGAUUGGCCGCCAUUGCACAGCAUCGCCUAGCAAUUAGAAUUUAUAAGAACAACAUCAAAAUCAAUUAGGUAAAAAAGGAGCACACGCAGGAAAAACUCAAUCUAUUUUCCCAAAAAUCGACAACUGCAGAUAGACAGGAAAUUAUGUAGAUGCAUGUCUGAUGGAAAUGGGACACCGCCUCAAAGUGAAGGCGAGUGCAGUGACUUUUGAGGUGCCUAGGUUAUCUGGAGCUUCUGCGAACUCGACUUUAUAGGUUCUGAGAAUAGAUUCGCAAAACGAGCCUAUGUUUUCGCAUCAUCCAUCAGCUUCCAUCAGUAUCAUUUCGAUUCUACCGCGAUGAAGUACGCAGUGACUUUGAUUCUGGUUCUAGCGGCAUGCCACAUUGUGGGAGCCCUGCGAUUUCUCGAACGUCGUUGCACCUCAAAGUCGCGACACCGUCGCCGACUUAUAGGAGGAGUUGAUGCCAAACUAUUUUCGACACCAUGGAUGGCAUAUCUGCAUCGAAAUGGGAAUUUUAUUUGCGGCGGAUCCCUCAUCACCUAUCGCUUCGUUCUCACUGCUGCGCAUUGUAGAAAGUUUGAGGAGAAAAUAGUGGUGCGACUGGGCGAAUACGAUGUCGAUACACAGAUAGAUUGCAGAGAUCGAGGAUGCGCACUUCCCUUUGAAGACCAUGAAGUCGAGUCCUUUUAUUCGCAUCCUUCCUUCACGACGCUCAAGCACUUUGAUAUAGCUCUCGUUAAACUCAAGACAAGGGUGGUAGAGCAAAACAACAUCACACCGAUCUGUCUGCUGUUGGACACCACGGAUACAUGGCAGCGCUAUGUAGAUUCCAUUCAACAGUUUUCGGUGGCCGGCUGGGGCUGGACCGAAGCGGGUUCUUUUAGCCACGUUCUCAAGACUGCGAAUGUCACGCAGGUCGACCAGUUCACCUGCCUGGCUGACUUUGGUUUUGAAGUCGAUCAGAGUCACAUCUGUGCAGGGGAUCCCGCUCGCCAUACGUGCUACGGAGACUCUGGCGGCCAAUUGUUUGCAACAAUAAGCCAAGAUUUGGUGGACUACAACGUUCAGUUCGGGAUUGUCAGCUACGGAGAGAACCCUUGCCAAGGCGUGGGUGUAUUCACGAAUGUUAAAAGCUAUAUUCCAUGGAUCGAACAUACCAUAAACAUGGCAAACACUGUAGCAUAAGAAAUAGAUUGAUGUUACAUUUUGGUAGUGAAAAAUAUCAACUACA